AUGAACUAUACUGCUCGUCAUACGAAUUCUAGCUAUAGUACAUCAACAAUAGUACCUUUUAAAACUAUUUCCGGCGAAAUAUCUCAUCGAACAGUAUUACCAACUCAACCAAGUCGAGCACCAUUAGCUACCUUCGAUGAAUAUGGUGAUAUUCCAGUUUCUGAUAUACAACAAUCAUCUUCUUCUUCUCAUACGUGUACUUAUAAUGGUCAACAAGAUAUCGUUCAUGAAUAUUGUUGUUGUCUAUGUUCUUGGGAACGAUAUCGAAAAGAUUUUUGUCGAUUUCUUAUUCAAUUCUUAUUUUCACAGCUAGGUUUAAUCAUUCUAGUUUUUAUUUAUAUUAUGAUGGGUGGUCUUCUUUUCUAUACAAUUGAAUCAAAAUAUGAAUUACGUAAAAAUGAACAAAUUAAAAUAAAACAUUUACAUCAUAUUCAUAAUAUUCGUCAUAUAGUUACUGAAGAAUUUAAUUGGAUGUUAAAUGCAUCAUUUGAAUUACGUUAUGCACUUUGGCGUGGAAUGUUAUCACGUUUAGAUGCUUAUGAUGAUACUCUAUGGCAUGUAAAAGUUCAAAGUGAAAGAUUUGAUCGAUUAAUUGAUAAUGAACUAGCACAUAUGCAAGCUGAUGAAGAAAAACUAGCGGAUAAACAAGAUGCACCAUCUGAUGCAUCUUAUAAUCAAAAAUGGACGUUCUCGACUGCUAUGCUAUAUUCAGCUACAUUAAUUACAACAGUUGGAUUCGGAAAUAUUGCACCUAAAUCUAUGUCAGGGAAAUUAAUAACAUGUCUAUAUGCUAUGAUUGGAAUUCCAAUAAUGAUUGUAUAUCUAACGAAUACAAGUAAUAUACUUGUUUUUAUCUUCAUCAGAUAUUAUUCGAUGAUAUAUAAUUUUAUUCAUCGAAUAAAAAGACGAUGGCGAAGACGAAGACAAGCAAAACUAUCUGUAGAAAUAGAAAAUGAAACUGUUCAACAUAAUGUACCCAUAAUUGUUGCAUUUGGUGUUCUUGUUCUUUAUAUUACAGCAGGUGGUAUUUUAUUUUCUUACUGGGAAGGAUGGUCUUAUGUUGAUGGUGCUUAUUUUUCAUUUAUUACAUUUACUACGAUAGGUUUAGGUGAUUUAGUACCUGGCAAAGGAACAUUAACUGAAAAUAAAAAUGGUAAAUCAAUUUUAUGUGCACUUUAUCUUCUAUUUGGUCUUGCUUUUACUGCAAUGUGUUUUAAAUUAAUGCAAGAAGAUUUAUUUGCAUUUAAACAAUGGAUAUUUACUCGUCUUGGUUUUGAUAAUUAUUAUAGUCAAUCUAUACAUUACGAGCAUUCACAUAGAAUUCACACACGUGCUAACAACACGUGA